AAUAUAAAAUAUAUUACAGCUUUAAAAAAAUGGAUGAAGAGCCUGAAAGAACCAAGCGAUGGGAAGGAGGCUAUGAAAGAACAUGGGAGAUUCUUAAAGAAGAUGAAUCUGGAUCACUAAAAGCCACAAUAGAAGACAUUCUUUUCAAGGCAAAGAGGAAAAGAGUAUUUGAGCACCAUGGACAAGUACGACUGGGAAUGAUGCGCCACCUUUAUGUGGUGGUAGAUGGAUCAAGAACAAUGGAAGACCAAGAUUUAAAGCCUAAUAGACUGACAUGUACUUUAAAGUUAUUGGAAUACUUUGUGGAGGAAUAUUUUGAUCAAAAUCCUAUUAGUCAGAUUGGAAUAAUUGUUACUAAGAGUAAAAGAGCUGAAAAACUGACUGAACUCUCAGGAAACCCAAGAAAACAUAUAACGUCUCUAAAGAAAGCUGUUGAUAUGACCUGUCAUGGAGAACCAUCUCUUUAUAAUUCCUUAAGCAUGGCCAUGCAAACUCUAAAACACAUGCCAGGACAUACAAGUCGAGAAGUUCUGAUCAUCUUUAGCAGCCUUACAACUUGUGACCCAUCAAACAUUUAUGAUCUAAUCAAGACUCUAAAGGCAGCUAAAAUUAGAGUGUCUAUUAUUGGAUUGUCUGCAGAGGUUCGAGUUUGCACUGUGCUUGCUCGUGAAACUGGUGGCACAUACCAUGUUAUUUUGGAUGAAAGCCAUUACAAGGAACUGCUGACACAUCAUGUUAGCCCACCUCCUGCCAGCUCAAGUUCUGAAUGCUCACUUAUUCGGAUGGGAUUUCCCCAGCACACCAUUGCUUCUUUGUCUGAUCAAGAUGCAAAACCCUCUUUCAGCAUGGCGCAUUUGGACAGCAGUACUGAGCCAGGGCUCACAUUAGGAGGCUAUUUCUGCCCACAGUGUCGGGCCAAGUACUGUGAGCUUCCUGUUGAGUGUAAAAUCUGUGGUCUUACUCUGGUGUCUGCUCCCCAUUUGGCUCGGUCUUACCAUCACUUAUUUCCUUUGGAUCCUUUUCAAGAAAUUCCCCUAGAAGAAAAUAAAGGAGAAAGGUCUAUGUUUGCUCUGCGUGCCAGAAUGUUUUCUGUGUGGACUGUGAUGUUUUUGUUCAUGACUCUCUCCACUGUUGUCCUGGCUGUAUUCAUAAAAUUCCAACUCCUUCAGGUAUUUGAUUCCAGCUUGUACUAUACAUUGUAUGUGUUAAAAAAUCAAAGGUAUGAAUGUUUAAAUGGUUCUUUAGAGGAAGCUUCAAUGAAGGCACAAAGAGUAAGUUGAAAAGAAACAUCUUAAGAAAAUGUUUGCUUAGCAAAUAUAUUUUAUUGAAUUUUUUGUCAUAGAAAUUUCUGGAAUUUAGUAGUAUUUCAUUUAAUUAGUUUUUUCCAUUUAGUCAGAAUUUUUCAGUCAAUAUGCAUUGUAUGUAACUUAUUUAUAAUAUUAAGCUGUAAGAAUUUCAUUUUUUGAAAUUGAGAUUUUGCAAUUCAUUAUAAUUCAAAAACUUAUUUUAAGAAUCAGGCACACACACAUACACACAUGAAAAAAGAUAGACACAGAGAAUGAACUAUCCAUUGAUUACCUCCCCAAAUGUCCACAAUGUCUGGGGCUGGGCCCAGCCAAAACCUGGAGCUGGGAACUCAAUCCAGGUUUGAUAUGUUGGUGGCAGGAACACAAUUACUUGAGCCAGCAGUGCCGCCCCCCAGGUUCUACAUUGGCAGAAAACUGGAGUUGGGAGCCAAAGCUGACUGUUAAACCCAGGUACUGCGAUAUGGGAUAAGCAGUGUCUUAACUGCUAGGCUAAACGCCUACCCCACAAUUUGUUUUGAUUUGUUAACUUAGUGUAAAAAGAAAGUUAAGUGUAAACAUAAAUCCAAUGUAAUAUGAACAUUAGUUAAUAGUUAUGAAAUUAAUACAUAUGAAAUGAGGCUUUAAAACAUUUGGAAUAUAAUUAUAAAAUUGGUACAACUGAAAUUAAUUAUGGCUAUGAUCUCUUUAGGUUAAUCCUUUAAGCAUAAGUACUGCCAUGGCCACACUUGGUGCCAGCAGGGCAGCCCCAAGUGGUUCUCAUUAGCCAUAGUCCUCCUAGCAUAGUUCAGCUGCAAGGAGAUGAGAUUCUCUGGGGCCAUCCAAGAGCCAGGUUGUCUUCUAGCACAGCUUCAGGGUCCUCACAAGAGGUGUGUUCAUUUCAGCAGCCACCACUCGGGAAGCCUGGAGCAUGAGGUUGCCAUCAGGUUAUUUAUAGUACAUCUCAGUCCAGAUGUGAUUUCUCAAUUAAGAGUCUUUCUUUCUUUCUUUUUAAAGAUUUACUUAUUUAUUUGAAAAUCAGAGUUACACAGAGAGAGAAGGAGAGGCAGAGAGAGAGAAGUCUUCCAUCCGCUGGUUCACUCCCUAAUUGGCCGCAGUGGCCAGAGCUGCGCUGAUCCGAAGCCAGGAGCCAGGAGCUUCUUCCAAGUCUCCCACACGGGUGCAGGGCCCCAAGGACUUGGGCCAUCUUCCACUGCUCUCCCAGGCCAUAGCAGAGAGCUGGAUUGGAAGUGGAGCAGCGGGAAUUGAACUGGCACCCAUAUGGGAUGCCGGAACUGCAGGCGGCAGCUUUACCCGCUGUGCCACAGCACCAGCCCCCAAGAGUCAUUUUUCUAUAAGCAAAGAUACCACAAGGCUAGCUGAUACUCUUGCCUUUAUCAUUUACCAUAGUGGCAGAACUAGAAAGCUUUGCUAAGGGUGAGAUUCAAAUGCUGUGAGGGAAAGCAUGUUGUCCAGCCCUUUCACUCUCAUAUACUAAGCCUUUUGCUUUAAAGGUUACUUUAUAGUGCUUGCUUUGGUAACACACAUACUAAAGGUUACUGUAUAAUAAUUGGUAAAGUAUUUUACUUGGUGGGGUAUAUCUAAUACAAACAUUUGGUUCUUUGCUAUCUGAGACUGUUUUGCCUUAUAGUUCAGGCUAGAAAGGCCAGAGUUGUGGUGUCUAUCCCUGUUAACUUUACUAUAUUUCCUACUCAGGGACUAUUUAAUUUGUCUCUCAACUUUCCCACUCUGAGUCAUCAGAGAAACUUAGAUGAGAAUAUAUGAUGUAGUCUGUGUUUUAGAUUCAAAGCAAAUACAUAAUAUCAUUAUGAGUAAAAUUCUUCCCAGAUUUACUCUGUUGGGAGUGAAUCCACCUUCCAUAGAAAAGUAUUAAAGCGGCUGGCGUCUGCAACGCCAGCAUCCCAUAUGGACACCAGUUUCGGUCCUGGCUGCUCCACUUCUGAUCAGCUCCCUGCUAAUGCGCCUGGAAAAGCAGCGGAGGAUGGCUCAAGUGCUUGGGCCCUGCACCCACAAGGGAGACUUUGAGGAAACUCCUGGUUCCUGGCUUUGGCCUGGCCUAGCCCCACUCAUUGCAGCUAUUUGGGAAGUGAACCGGUGGAUGGAAGAUCUCUCUUUCUGUCUCUCUCAUUCUCCUUUCAAAUAAUUAAAUUUUUUAAAAAAAGAAAAAGAAACAAAAAAGUAUAUUAUUAUAUCUACGGACUUUAGUAACUCUAAAUUGAGUUUCAAUAUGAAAUUUUUAUUUUAGGUAUGCUUACUAAGGAACAUGAUCAGUAAAGAUAAUGUAAUUCUACCCUGAAGAGCAUAUUCAGUUUAUUUUUGGUAGAGCCCGGAAGUUAGCAUUUUCAACAAGUGUUCACACACACACACACACACACACAUACACAUACACACACAGAUACAUGACCAAACAGGUGUUUUUCUUGGUUCAUUAUAUGGAAAUAAAUUUCAGCCAUAGGUAACCUGAAAACUGCUAACUUCCUUCUGUUUAUCAACAGAGAUAUCAGUGGCUUGCAGGAGAUAGCUUUAACAGUGUCAGAAUUUUCUUUCUCAACCCUACCUGGCUUAGAAAGAAGACCUUGAAUAGUUACCUCCUGAAAAAUUACUAGAACUAUAUUAAAGACUCAUUUUCCCAACCUAAUAUAGUUCACAGCUUUAUUUCUUUAUAGUUUUAUCUCUUUAUAGUUUUAUUUGCAUAUUUGAUCAUGCUUAAGGAAGAACUAUUUUUUUCACAAUAAUUGAGAAAAUUUUAAGAUUGCAGCAAUAAUGUAAGACAGUUGUGGCCUCUUAAUUUCCUUCUUGGAACACCACAAUAUGUUGUAUUAGUGAAAACUAUGUAACAUUAGAGAUCUUUCUGAAUAAUAUGUCUGAGUUCCACUGUUCAGUUAAUUAAUACUUAAACUCCAUUAUGAAAAUUAGGCUUUAAAUACUUUCAAAUGUAUAUAUCUUUACUUAAUGUUUUUAUUUGGUGUGACAGUCUUUGUCUUAACUGAAGCAUU